AUGGCGACGUCGUUCGACCGCUGGGAGAAGGACCCCUUCUUCCUCGCCGCUGAGGAGGUCCAGGAAUCCGCCGAUCGGAUGGAAUCGGUGUAUAGGGUAUGGGUCCAGGAGAGGAGCAGCGGCGAUUCGGAGGCGGCAAGCGUCAGUGGAGGCCCUUCAGCUGCGGAGCUUCGCCGCGAGCUGCACACGGCGCUUGGCACCGCCAAGUGGCAGCUUGAUGAACUGGCACGGGCAAUCAGAUCGAACGACCUGGUUAUCUCAGCAGGAAAAGACACAAGAGCUAGGCAUGAUGACUUUGUUACAGCAAUUGGCUAUCGCAUAUUAGAGGUUGAGAAAAACUUGAAAGAAUCCAAUGUUGCAGAGGGGAGGGGACCGAUGAGCUGGGUUCAUUUGGAUGAGGAUGAACGGGACGACCUUGCAGCUUUCCUGUCUGCCAGUCCUUUUCAACAGAAAGACAAAGUGGUCACAAUUCCUUCAGCAGGUGAUAUUGAAGUGGGCAGCAAUGCAGCAAGGAUGAAAAAUGAUAUAUCAACUGACAGCUCCAAGGAUUCAGCUGGUUCCACGGAUUUGAUUUCAGCGAGAGCAAAGGAAGAUCUGCAUCGUGGUCACAGAAGAGCAGCUAGUGCCAGUGCUGAUAUAGGCUCAUGGAGCGUGUCAAUACCUAAUGAAUGUGAAGGAACUACAGAACAAUUAUCUGAUGGCUCAGACAAAAUGCCUUUGCUUAAGAUAGUGAAAACAUGUGCUUUGACGAGUACCUUGCAACCUAAGCCUAGAACAAAGUGUAAAAAUGGAGCUGUUAGGUGGGCAGGCGUUAACCAACAGGAUGUUGAAGAGGCUAUCCCUCUGAGUACUUCUCAGUCGAGUCAGGGUUUAGAGGGAUGCUUUGAAAGGAACAAGAGUUGCUUAAGUUCCUGUGAUGAGCAUACAUACAAUAAGAAGCUUUAUGGUUGGCUCGGAGCCCUUCAUAGACAACUUCAAAGAUCUCAGUAUCAGAUUCGAUAUGGGCAUCCUAUUCAAUUGAUUGUUUUGGCUCUUGCUGCUCUUGUAAUCAGGCAGUCUGCUUCGUCCUUGGAAGAACAUCUCCAGGGCAAUCCUUGCAUCAAGGUUGCUUUGUCAUACUUGGAUAUGCUCUGA